CCCUUUGUUUGUUUUUUUUAACAGUUAGGUGUGAAUCCUACAAACGUGGACAAUGUGGUUGUGGGCAAAGGCAACCAGGUUACUGGUCUUAACAACCUACAAACCAAAUGUCACCCACCUCUACAACCAGGUGACGGUAAAGCCGGGCCAAAGACUUUACAUGGUCAAUCAGCUUUAUCCGUAUACAGUGAAGUUCACUGAGGAGACGUCAACAGCCAGACCUGCAGGAGAGGAGAGCAAAUCCUCGAAAAGACCUUACCAGAUGAGUGAGGACCCUGCAAAAAAAGUCUCAACCUCUCAUACAGACCAUCACAGAAUAACAGAUGGUUCACCUCCACUGAAAAAGACACCAGCAGCUUGUUCUGAUAAAUCGGAAUCUGCUAGCCAUUGGAGUCAAGGUCUUAAAGUGUCAAUGCAGGACCCCCAGAUGCAGUUGUACAAAGAUGAUAGGGUGGUGGUCAUCAAGGACAAGUACCCGAAGGCACGCUACCAUUGGCUGGUGUUGCCUUGGGAGUCUAUCUCUAGUCUGAAGGUGCUGAGGUCAGAGCACUGCGACCUACUUAAACACAUGCAGCGUGUGGGAGAAAGGAUGGUGCAGCAAUGCCCGGAUGCUCAUAAACUGCGCUUUCGUCUGGGCUAUCAUGCCAUUCCCAGCAUGAGUCACGUUCACCUGCACGUCAUCAGCCAAGAAUUUGACUCGCCUUGUUUGAAGAACAAAAAACACUGGAAUUCCUUCACUACCGACUACUUUAUUGAAUCCGAAGAUGUUGUUGCGAUGCUGGAGCUCCAUGGAAAAGUGACAGUGAAGGAAGGCAUGAGUGAAUUACUGAAGCUUCCUCUGCGCUGUCAUGUUUGUCGUAAAGAGCAGCCGACAAUACCGAAAUUAAAAGAACAUCUCAAAGCUCAUAUUUCUUAAAUACUGUAUACUAGAGCUCAUUUACUGGACAGUUUGAUAGACCAGCAUUGGUAAACAAUUUGUUUGUCAAAUAUUAAUUUAUUUAGUAAACUGUCUAUUGAGUCCAUUAGUAAAUUAAAGACAUUGGAUACAUUGUGUUGUGGGUACUGACAUAUUAAUUUCCCCAUUCACUUUCAAACAGUUUGUCAUUUUUAAGCAAUUUCAGCCGUUUUGCUAACCUCAGUCACACACCUUUAAUGAAUCACUGACAUAAUGCACAUCUCUUUGGUUUUAUUUAACUGAGUGUGUUCAAAUGUGUAGUUAAAACCAUGGGUUUCCUUUCCAUACGGUAUAUAUUUCAUACAAAUGCACUAGUUUGAAGCUGCAGUGUGUAAUUUCUGAGCCACUAGCGGCACCUAACAGAAUUGCAAAAGUAAUGACCAUUUUCAAACACUAUACACACACACACACAUUGUAUUGUACAACCUCAUGCCACUGGUUCAGCCAACAGAUUGCUUAUUAUUGCUGCCUGUUUUUGUAUUGUUACUCUGGUUAUGUAUAAUAAAAAAGACAUUCAGUGCUGCUAUUGGCGCAUGAAUGACACACUGUAGCUUUAAAAAGUUAAUUUGGCACAAGGCAAAUGAUAAUCCCUUUUAUGCUGUUAAAUUAGAAGAGUCUCAAACUAAUCUAUUGGCUUGUAACAUACCCCUUUCCCGCAAAAUAAACAGUGCAAAUAAGCAGAAACUACUCAAGGAUAUUGAGAAUUUUAAAAUAAGACACUCGAGUACAGAGUACGAAUCACAAAUAAUCUGAAAUUCCUGAUAUUAUUGCUUACAUAUACAGUACAAGAGAGUGUAUAUCACAACUCUACUGCAAUGGAAUAAAGUCAAAGUCAAAGAUAUAAACGCAAGAUAAAAAUACAAAAAGCACCAAUAAAAAGUUAAUUAAAAAUAAUUAGAUAAUUGAAAAUAGAUUUCACAGACUAUACCCUUAAAUUAUUGCUUCUAUUUAAACCAGAAUAUCUAAAAUACUAAUGCAGCUAUUGCUAGUGUCUAAUUUCUAAUGUAUACAAGUUACUUUUCAGAUAAAAAUUGAAUCUUGUCUUAUGAACUAAAAUGAAUGUAAAAAAAAAAACUUUGCACACUAUUUGAAUAAACAUUUAGGAGCACAAAUAUUAGUGUGCAGACAUCUACUUUUCUCCUUACCCCGUUUUCUGUAUUUUUUCCUGCACCUGUAACCAACUCAGUUGGAUGCGUGGACAGUUUCCAAAAACUUAAAAAAAAAAAAAUUCCCUUUUAGUAAUUAUGACAAAUGUCCGUCACAUAAUAAUCCCUGAAGAGAAGCUUUUGUGCAUCUCAAUAGCACUUUUUUGGAGUGUCAGUUGACGUAAUAUGCUGGUCUUCAUCAAGCCAAUGAACUUCCUGUCUGAAACAUAAUAAAAGAUGUAAUUAAGUAAAUAAAUAUAAGAGUAUUAAA